AUGACGCCCUCGACGACGGUCGAGUACGCCUCCAGCGCGCCCGAGCGCAUCCCAAACGCGCGAUAUCCGCGCCUCCCGCCUCAUGCCCUGCUCCCCGACGGUUCACCCGACUAUCUACGUCUCAUUCUCACGUCCAAGGUCUACGAGAUCGUCAAGGAGACCCCCCUCGUCUAUUGCCCGAACCUCUCUACGCGGCUCGGCAACCAGAUAUGGCUCAAGCGUGAGGACCUGCAGGAAGUCUUCAGCUUCAAGAUCCGCGGCGCAUACAACUUCAUGGCCAGUCUUUCCGAGGAGGAGCGGUGGAAGGGCGUCGUGACAUGCAGCGCGGGUAACCACGCUCAGGGCGUCGCGCUCUCGGGCUCGCGUCUCGGCAUCCCCUGCACGAUUGUGAUGCCCAAGGCGACACCGUCGAUCAAGGUCCGCAAUGUCUCCCGGCUCGGCGCGAAGGUCGUCCUCUUCGGCCAAGACUUCGACGAGGCCAAGGCCGAGUGCGCGCGCCUUGCACAGGCGCACGGGCUCGUCUUCGUGCCCCCGUAUGACGACCCACUCGUUAUUGCCGGCCAGGGCACCGUCGGGCUCGAAGUGCUCAAGCAGUACGUAAAGCGGAUCGGGUCUCCCAAUACGAAGGUCAUCGGCGGUGAGACCGUCGACGGGGACGCAAUGGAGCGCAGCUUGCAGAAGGGCGAGCGGGUGACGCUCAGCGAGGUCGGGCUAUUCAGCGACGGCACGGCGGUGAAGAUCGUGGGCGAGGAGCCGUUCCGGAUCUGCAAGGAACUGUUGGACGGCGUGGUCAAAGUCGACACAGACGAGCUCUGUGCAGCCAUCAAGGAUAUCUUCGAGGAAACGCGCUCCAUCACCGAGCCGGCAGGUGCGCUCGCUCUCGCUGCUGUCAAGCGGUAUAUCGUGGACAACCAGUUGGUUGGCGCGGAGAAGAAAUUCGUGGCCGUCAUCAGCGGCGCGAACAUGAACUUCGACCGUCUACGCUUCGUCGCGGAGCGUGCGGAAUUGGGAGAGGGUAGAGAAGCGUUGCUCAGUGUUGAGAUCCCUGAGCGGCCUGGAAGCUUCGUGGCCUUACAUGACAUGAUUCAUCCACGUGCAACCACGGAGUUCGUGUAUCGAUACCAUCAUCACGAGCGCGCACAGAUUUUCCUGUCGUUCCAGCUGGAAACUACAGCACGAACCCGAGAAGUCUCGGAGGUCAUCGCCGCGCUCGAGCACCAAGACAUGAAGGCCGUUGACAUCAGCGAUGACGAGAUGGCGAAGACGCACGCGCGAUACAUGAUCGGUGGUUGCACUGAGGUGCCCAACGAGCGGCUGUUCAGAUUCGAAUUUCCCGAACGCCCCGACGCCCUGCGGCGGUUCCUCAAAGGGCUUCAUGUGGGGUGGAACAUUUCUCUGUUUCAUUACCGCAAUCACGGAGCAGACAUCGGCAAGGUCCUCGCGGGCAUCCAAGUGCCACUAGAGGAAAGGGAGCAGUUCGAGAAGUAUUUGCAAAAUCUGGGCUAUCCUUACGUAGAAGAGACCGAGAACCAAGUGUACAAGAAGUUCCUGCGGGGCUGA